AUUGUAGCGGUCUGUGCGUGCGUUCCCUCGGCGAUGGUGGGUUUUGGUGGGAGAUCUCGUCUUCCCUUUCUCUGUAUGUCACGCACUCACUCACUCACUCUGCGAAGCGAGAGAGAGAGCGAGAGAGGGAGCCCUGAGCAAUCGCUCUGUUAUUGAGCUUUUUCCAGGAUUGGAAUCCAGAGCCUACUUCUUCACCGCUGAGUUUGUCUGGGAAGGCCGGAGUCGCAGGAUCAGCCAACGAAGAUGAUCUCGCAGUUCUUCGUGCUAUCGUUGCGUGGCGACAACAUCGUCUUCCGUGAUUACAGAGGAGAUGUGUCCAAAAGCAGCGCUGAGAUCUUUUUCCGCAAAGUGAAGUUCUGGAAAGGUGAAGAAGGCGAGGAGGCUCCACCUGUGUUUAAUGUGGAUGGAGUAAAUUAUCUUCACGUGAAGCACUCGGGAUUGCUUUUUGUAGCAACUACCCGAGUAAACCCUUCACCUGCGUUGGUUUUGGAGCUCCUACAGAGAAUAGCUCGUGUGGCUAAAGAUUACCUUGGAGUCCUCAACGAGGAUUCUUUGCGCAAGAAUUUUGUCUUAGUUUACGAGCUACUGGAUGAAAUGAUUGAUUUUGGCUAUCCUCAAACGACAUCUACAGAAGGUCUCAAAUCAUUUGUGUUCAACGAACCUGUCGUAGUAGAUGCCGCUCGCAUACCUUCACUGGGCCCAGCUGCUAUGUUUAUUCCAGGGUCAAAACGUGUUCCUGGAACUGCAGUCACCAAGUCUGUGGUAGCCAGUGAUGCAUCGGGCAAUAAGCGGGAGGAAGUUUUUGUUGACAUCAUUGAAAAGAUUAGCGUUACGUUUAACGCAAGUGGAUAUGUCUUGACAUCCGAGAUAGAUGGAACUAUCCAAAUGAAGAGUUAUUUGACAGGAAAUCCGGAAAUCAAAGUUGGAUUGAGUGAUGAUCUUGCAGUUGGGGUGCGCAGCAACAACAAUAACACUUUUGCUCCUGAUUACAGCGUUGGAAGUGGAGUGGGUCUUGUGGUUUUGGAUGACUGCAAUUUCCAUGAAUCUGUGCGGCUUGAUGACUUUGAAACUGAGCGUGCUCUUACUUUGGUUCCACCAGAUGGAGAGUUUCCAAUAAUGAACUAUCGAAUGACGCAAGAGUUUAAGCCUCCAUUUAAGGUUUAUCCUGUGAUUGAAGAGAAGGGGCCAUUUAAGGCUGAGAUUCGUUUGACUGUUCGUGCUGACUUUGCAUCCAAUAUUACAGCGAAUAUGGUAGUUUUGAGGGUGCCUAUGCCAAAGACCACCACAAGGGUGAGCUUUGUACUGGAGGAAGGGGCUGUUGGUCAAACCACAGACUUUAAAGAAUCCACUAAAGUUAUGGAAUGGUGUUGUCGAAAGAUUGUUGGGGGUUCUGAUCACGUGUUGGUAGCCAAGCUUACUCUCUCACAAGAAAAGAAUCUUAAUAUUAAGAAGGAAGCUGGGCCAAUCAGCAUGACAUUCACAAUCCCCAUGUACAAUGCUUCCAAGCUGCAGGUUAAAUAUUUGCAGAUUGUUAAGAAGACAAAGUCUUAUAAUCCUCAUAGGUGGGUCCGAUAUGUUACGCUUGCAAACUCUUAUGUUAUCCGGACAUGAAAUGGCUGUCAACCAAUCUUUUGAGUGUUCAUACGACUAUGCUGAGGGGCACUGAGCUCUUUUAUGAUUAUCAGCGCCGUGUGCUAUUCAUACUAUGCAUGCAUCAUGCUGUUGUUUGGCACGUGUCUACUAGUGACAUAGUGUAGAUUGCAGCUUCGAUUUGUGGAACCUCGAGUUGCUUUGAUAGUGUACAUGCUAUUUAAUAAAGUGUUGCUUACAUAGUUGGUGAAAUUCUAGGAUUCCUUUCGAGUAGGUAUUUGAAUUGGUAUAGAACACGAAUUGCUAGUCACUUAGUAAAGCAGAUUGCCUCCUUCAGUACAUUGAAGAUGCGUCAAUUGCUGGGACUGCGCUAACCCACUUAUUGGAGUGUUCUUGUUCCUUCAUCCUUGUUCUAUUGUGCAUGCUUGUGGAUGCAUAGAGCAUGCAAACGAGGUCUGGUAUCUAGUUUAUUCAAAUAAGUUGUUCUCACACAAGAACUUCCACUUGUUUUGAC